AUGCCUCAAUCCACCAACACGACCGCGACUGAGGAGAGAUCUCAGCCAUGGAAGGCGAUGCAGGAAGUCCAAAACCUGUUCAAACCGGAGAUGGCUGCCGCUCCUGAUGCCAACGCCGAGUCCAACGAAAUUGAAGAAGAGCCUUUGAAGCUCAAUUUGCUCAGGCUCCAAUUCAAUUCCGCGAGAUCCAACAUUGCGAAUGCGGAGGAGCAACACUGA